GCCAUUCGGUUAUAUCAAAAACAGACUAUAACAUAUAACGAUUUAAACAAAAUUCAAUCAUGCCUUCUGGCAUUUUAUACCCAUUAUGAAAAAGAAUAUUACCGGGGAGUGUUAGAUCGUUUGAGCACAAUGAAAAUGUGUAUACAUAAUAUGUUACAUGUAUCAGAAAGCAUUUUUCAAACGGGACCUUGUUGUAUGACGUGGCAAUACCCAAUUGAAAGAGUAUAUGGAAUGUUGCUUCCGUUAACAAAGUCAAGAUUGCAUCCAUAUAAAAACCUUAUUAAUAACAUUCACUUGCUCGAAAUUUUUAAUUGUUUAAAGUUCAAUCAAAUGAUUUAUAAUCAAAAUUUUCCAAAAAUUCUGCCCAAAAUACAUGACGAGCAUCUAGCUUAUACCAGGAAUGGUCAAGACUUUUAUUUUCCUUCAACUCAACAUAGUUUAACACAAA